AUGGUACAUGGGCGAGCUAAACUAUAACAUAAGACAAUAUUGCUCUGUUUGAAUACUGAAUUGAGACAGAGGCUAUAGGGCUGCGUUUACACAGGCAGCCCAAUUCUGAUAUUUCUUUCCACUAAUUGGUCUUUUGACCAAUCAGAUCAGCUCUUUUGUCAAUAAUUGGGCAAAAGAUCAGAAUUGGGCUGCCUGUGUAAAUGCAGCCAGGCAUUGGGACUGUCUCUCAGAUUAAGGAAGGACACCCUUUAGCGACAGUAGUGUGUUAGUAGAAGGCCCAGCAGUACAUUAGGCUAGCCUCACCCUCUCUCUCAGCACUCUGCUGCAUCAAUCCGUUGCGCAUGAGUAGAUUGGCUAAUGACAGGUCCCCUUGUGUAUACAUAGUACUAACGAGCAGACACUGAUACUGUCUGUCAAUGCAUUUUGUUUUCUCUUAUCUGGUAUAGUGGGUCAUGCUACUGUUACAGACCUUUACCCCUCCUAUCACUUACCCUACACACAUACACACAUAUGCACAUACACACAUACACACACAUGGUGAAUGGACUGCACUGUCUGUGACUACUCGCUUACACACUGAAAGUUGGUUUAUUUUGGUCAAUAUUGUAAUACAUUGGAGUAAUUACAUACCUAGGAACUUGAUUGAUGUAGCUUGACUAUAAACCACUUGUUAGCUGCAGAAAUUGUCAAAGACUCCAGCCACCCUAGUCAUAGACUGUUCUCUCUGCUACCGCACGGCAAGCGGUACCGGAGUGCCAAGUCUAGGUCCAAAAGACUUCUCAACAGCUUCUACCCCCAAGCCAUAAGACUCCUGAACAGCUAAUCAUGGCUACCCGGACUAUUUGCACUGCCCCCCCACCCCAUCCUUUUUACGCUGCUGCUACUCUGUUAAGUAUUUAUGCAUAGUCACUUUAACUCUACCCACAUGUACAUAUUACCUCAACUACCUCAACUAGCCGGUGCCCCCGCACAUUGACUCUGCAAAGGUACCCCCCUGUAUAUAUAGCCUCCCUACUGUCACUUUAUUUUACUUCUGCUCUUUUUUUCUCAACACUUUUUUUGUUGUUGUUUUAUUCUUACUUUUUUUGUUUAAAAUAAAUGCACUGUUGGUUAAGGGCUAUAAGUAAGCAUUUCACUGUAAUGUCUGCACCUGUUGUAUUCGGCGCAUGUGACCAAUAAAAUUUGAUUUGAUUUGAUUUGAUUUGAUUUUGAAUAUGUGACAUUGACAACAUAUACACAAACUCCCCUAUUUCUCUCCCCAUCUCUCUCUCUCUCUCUCUCUCUCUCUCUGCACAGGAGGAGGAGGAUGAGGAAGGUUCCACAGAGGAGCAGGAAGAAGAAGAGGAGGAGGACUGGGAGAAGGCAUUAUCAGUGGAGAGGUUCGGGGACAUCAUCACUGAGUCCGCGUUCAGCAGCGGAGAAAAGAUGGGCCGAAACUUCAACGAAAAAGAUUUUGAGUGUAAGCCCGUUCACCAAUCUGUAGACUUCUAUACCGGUAUGCUUUUGUAGAACACAGGGAAAAGGUUCCCAGAAUGUCUGCUCAUAACAGUUUUUGCUAACAGAAAUCAGUGUUGGGGUUACUUAAGCCUGCCGCUUUAAUGCUUUAUAACUUGUUAUAAGCAUAUGCGUCGUCGUAAUUUAAUUUCUGUGGCAUGUCUCUGUCUGUGUAUCAACAUUCAACUGCCUCAACAUGGCUGGUAUUUUGUCAGAAUCUUUGACCCCCCCAUCCUUUUUAACUAUCGUUAUGCAAUGGUUAUAGGUUGUUUUCAAUAAAACGUCACAAUAUGUUCGAUUUGGCUACUGGGGGACAAGGAGACCCCCAGCUCCACUAAAACCAUUGACAACUACGUGCCAUUUUCAAGGGAUUGUUAAAUAAUUGUUAUAACUAUUUCGUUUUAAUAUCAUCACCUAUUGAGCAUAGUCAGAACUACACAUUUCCGAUAAUUCCAUGCAUUUAGCUCUAUCCUCAGAGUUAUACAGCAAGUAACUGUAUGCUUUUCAUGAUCAGUAAAAAUGAUCAUGUAAUUUCAGAUACGUGAAGGUAGCCUAUCCAUUUGGCAUGUAACAAGCUAAGCAAACAACAUAAUUUACAUAGUGUGUUUCAUCAGAGAUUAGGCUUUUGGAAAGAGCUUGAUAUCGGCAAGUCCUCAUCCUGGUAAAGUUGUCAGUUGGACUACUGUCAUCACCACUAUAGAUGGCAAGCAAAUGAAACAGUAUUUGGAUAUAGUGUAGCUUAUCCCUUGAAAGUAUGCUUGUUAACUAGCCAUAUUGUAGUGAUCUGUUAUUAGCUAGCUAGCUAAUUUGACGUGGUCCAUCAAUCAAUGUAGUUUAUAUCAUGGCUGUCAGCAGCGAUUGUAAUUAAAUGAUCUUUAAAUUUAAAAAAAGAUAAGGGGAUCAUGUUACCUAACUUCGCUAGGUAGGCCUACAUUGGUUGGAGAAAAAAGUACAUUAGGUCUACUUACCACUAUAUGUUUAGCCAACUGUACAAAGUUUCUACCGGUAGCUUGCAAAGUAAACAUAAACUAACAGCACCACGGCAAAUUCGCCCUUCUGCUGCUUGACAGACAGAGCCCACAAAGAUGGGAAAUUAACCUAAACCACUCAUACUUGUCAGGUAUAGUUCACUUUUAUUUUAUAUCAUUAAAAUAUAAAAUUAAUGGUGGCCAAUAUUGAAAGAUAUCGUGAGGCUACCAUACAUAGCUGAAAUUACAUGAUCAAUUGAUGUUUACUGAUCAUGAAAAGCAUGCAGUUACUUGCUGUAUCUCUGAUGAUAGAGCUAAAUGUGAGCAAUUGUUUUGCAUGGAAUAAUCUGAAAUGUGUAGGUCUGACUAUGCUCUUCAAGAGGCGAUGAUAUUACAACCAAAUAGUUAACAUUUAUUUAACUAUCACUUGGAAACGGCACACAGUUGUCAAUGGUUUUAGCGGAGCUGUGGGUUUGCUUGCCCCACAGCAGGCAAAUCGAACACUCUACACCUUAUUGUGACAUUUUAUUGAAAACAACCUAUAAGAUGUUAUAAAGCUCACAAAUACAAUGCACUAUGCCGGCAUGCUUUGCCAUUAUUUUCACUUAAACUCCUACCUUCCAUUUCACAGAUCAUCGGCACACCUUUCACCACACCCACCACCCCCUGUCCACCCACCUGCCCCCGCCACAGCGCCUACGCAAGCGGGUGCUCAGCAUGGACCGCGACCGCCGGCGCAAGAAGAAGCGAAAGAAAAAAAAGACCUCCAUGCCGCCCUCAGAGGUCACGCCCACCAUCCAUGAGGUAGAUGAGGAGGAGGAGGCGGAGUCUGAGUCAGAGGGGUGGGGCCAAGCGGCCACGCCCACAGAGCAGCCUGACGACCAACCACAGGUAAUUUAACAGAAAGUUGCGAUAACGUCUGAUGGCCAAUCAGAAUGCCUGCAUAGCAAAUUCCCCAGUGUUGAUUUAACACUGGAGAAUUUGCUGUGUGUUAUUGUUAUUUAUCCUUUAUUCUUUAUACAUUGCGAUACAAUGUUUUGAGUGUUGCAAGUUGAAGUUUAGUAUAUUAAUUUGUUAUUUAUUCAUUCAGCAUAUUAAUUUCAAAGACACUCCAGAGAAAAAUGUAUGUCACACUCUACAUGUGGUGUGUGAAGUUGGCUGGGAAUUUUUGUCUACUGUGUAAUAUGAGACCUUUAAUAAAAAGCGGGCAGUAGCUGACACAGGAAAGAUGAAGAUCUGCCAAGUACUAGUCUAACAGGUGCCUGAGAGAGAGAGAGAGAGAGAGAGUUGGAGAGAUGGAGAGUUAGGAGUCCUAUGUUCGACACCUUGUUCGCCUGACUGGGACAGGACAGCACCUGACUUGAACUGACACUCACGGUCCAGGCACUUGAACUCAAUCAACUGGCCUUUAGAUUGAACCUUCAGAUGAAGCUGUUAGGGAUUCCAUGUACUAGGACAACUGUAACCAACUCCCUCUCCUCUCAGUUUAGCUUGGGGAGUGAGGAGGAUUUGGAACCGGCUCUCCCUUUCACUUCCUUCCACAUGGAGAGCGAACAUCAACAUCUGCCGCCAGAGAAGGCCACACUGGCCACGGCAGAGGAGGUGGUGGUGGAGGAGGAGGAGGAGCAGCAGCAGGAACAGGAGGUUCAGGAGCAACCGGAGGAUGAGGAGGGUGAUGAAGAGUUCAACAACAGGUGGGCCCAGCAGUGUUACAGUAGCUAG